UCCUAACAGUAUCAAAAACACCGAUGCGCCGAGUGCAUGGAUUUGGUGAGCCCGAUGACUGAGGCAGACAGCAAGGAGGUGCGUAGGAGGCGACUGCUCCCCGGACUGAGGACUUGGAGCGGUAGCCUGGGGCAAGUUAUCUAUUUGUGGCAUUUACUAAUCAUACAGUGCAUAUCUGGCUUUUCCGGCGUGCCAACAGAAUGUGACCGUCUUGUCAACUUCAGACGAGCUGUUACGCUCCCCUGGCCAGGUCAGCGAUGUAGGGAGUGUGGAUGCUCAUCGAGUAUCACCGAGACGGCAGGCUUUGACAAUGGUCACAUCACACCUAGGCCUGUGUUAUAUCGAUGUUGUUUCACUGAUGGAACUCGAGAAUGGCACCGGAAACAAGAUCAUGAACAUUCUUCGAUCUUCUGCGGUGUUCAAAAUUUCCGUGUGUGCGACUGCUUUGCAGUUUCACAUUCAAUCCAGGGCUUACGGACUGGCUUGGAAUCCCUUUUUUACUUGACUCCAUGCGACAUACUAACUUCAGGGUAAACAAGCCCAUCAUGUCAAUGUGAUUUCUUUGUCCACCAGCAAGAGAAAUGCUCGAUGUGAUUAACAUUUGUGGAGCGCACUCUGCAGGGAGCAGGAAAAAAGUCCUAGACUGCACCAAGAUAUCACGACCCCUGCAGUCCACGGGCAGCGCUGGCAAAAAGAUUAAUAAAAGUAAGGGGCCCAACCGGGAAUUGAACCCGGGACCACCCGCAGCUUCAACACCAUGUGUUGGGGAUUGCUCCCGAAGCGGGUAUCAUACUACUAGACCAUUGGGC